UAGACAAGGAGAGAUGGUCAAUCAAUUUCCGGGAUACAAGGGGUGUUGGAUUGACGACAAGGCGCUAAAAUUAAUCAGGUCCGCGGUAUGAUAGGAUCCCGAACUUCGGUGAGCGACGCGAAUAUGAAGGAACGACUACUGAUCUUCCAUCGAUUGGUCUGCUCGGGGAGGCUAGCUAAAGCGAGGUAAUGGAGUGCAACGUUCAUGAAGACUUUUACCAGGGGAAAGCUUUCUUCAAUGACUGGGACUUCUAUACUGGCUCAGAUCCCACUGGCGGAAAUGUCAUUUACCAAAACAAGUCAGCUGCAGAGUCCAAGAAACUUGCGUAUAUCAAUUCCUCCGACUACUCGACGGUCCUUGCAGUUGAUUCAACCAGUACUGUCGCUGCCGGCGGCGAUCGCGACUCUGUUCGUAUCACAUCUCAGAACAGCUACAACGGCGGUCUCUUUGUCAUGGACGCCUCCAAAAUGCCCGUCGGCUGUUCUACAUGGCCUAGUUUCUGGACUGUUGGACCGGACUGGCCAUAUGGGGGUGAAAUUGACAUUGUCGAGGGUAUCAAUGACCAGGCGAAAAAUCAGAUGACGCUUCAUAGUGGCACGAACCACACCUGCACCAUCGAUACGGAUGAUUCCGAUGAGUUCACAGGCUCUGUCCUCUCGAGUAACUGCUACAGCACCGAGACCUCGGACUCGGGCUGCAGCAUCAUGGAUAAUAGUACAACGUCUUUUGCGUAUGGCUUCAACAAUGCUGGGGGUGGUGUUUUUGCGCUCUUGUGGGACAAUUCCACUGGCAUGUCAAUGUGGCACUUCGCUCGGGAUGACAUCCCUGAUGACCUCACGGCCCAAGUACCUAUGCCUUCCACUUGGGGCACUCCGUCCUGGUUUCUGAUGGUCAUCGACACAACUAUCUGCGGCAACUGGGCAGGCGGUAGUGCCUACUCCAAAUCUGGAUGCUCAGGAAAGUGCACGGAUAUGGUUGCCAAUGCUUCUAACUACGUCGAUGCUAAGUGGGUCAUCAACUACGUCGCCGUCUAUCAGUAAACACUCGCUUCAACCACUUAUUUGUUUUUUAUUGUCUGUUGGGGCAUGGCCCUAUGUUAGACAUUGCCAAAUACCCGAAUUCGUGCUAUCAUAAUUCGUCUUCUUUGAAUCCAUAAGUACGUGAGUCCUUUGGGG